UCAGGAAUUGCGUCUACGUAUGUGUGUCUAUCGCACUUUUGUCUCAUUAUAUGACGUUCCUAUUCAUGUUUUUUGCUUCGAAUCUGAAAAUGACGGCGUGAUGGUGUGCCUUUCUGGGCAUUACUCUGUAUAGAUGAAAACACUUACCAGAGGGGUCUUUUCUUAAAAUUAUUCAUUCCAUUUUGUCUUAGAAAUGAGUAUAAUAGAUUAAAAAGAAAUACCGAUAGCAACCAAAAUAUCUAACCUCUCAAUUACUUAAAUAAAACUUACAGCAUUUUCCCAAUACAUACCGAGGCCGCGACAGCCAGCGAGCAGCGAGACAUUUGCCUUCAUGACGUUACUGGCGAUUUAAACGUUUCUUUUGAGGAGGCGACUUCAUUGCCACACGAGAGGUUAUUGUUGCAUGGUCCAGUAUUCCUGAUACAAAAUGCUGACAAUCAGCUUCUACGGGAGUCAGCCACCGCUGAAGAUGCCGGCUGACUCUGACCAGACCGUGGAAGAUCUUAUCAUUGCUGCAGCACGGGUCUUGGAGAUAGGGCCAGUGUGCCGUCACCUCUUCGGCCUGCGGUGUCCUGAUGGCCUGUGGCUGGCCAUCUCUAAGAAGUUGUCAUCACUACCAGACAACAUAAACUUGCUGUUUCGAUUGCGUUUUAAGGCCCACUCCUUACAGAGAUUGAAGAGUCUGGAUCCUAAUGCUUUUGAAUAUCUGUUUAAUCAGGUUCGAGCAGACUUCCACGCUAGUGAAAUACCUGAAUUGAUAAAACACCCUGAAGAUGGCCUGGGCUUGGUUGUGACAGACAUUUUGCUGUAUCUACUGAAUAACCCAACUAAAAAAGUGGAAAAUGUGGAUAUCAAAAGUUUCAUGCCAAAAGAGUUGAAUGGAUUUGCCAAUAGACUCAAUGUAAAGAAAAAUGUGGUCCAUUAUUUUGACACCUGGAGAGAUAAAGAUGCUUCUUUUGUGCAUGAACGAUACCUUUCUAAGGUUGAAGAAAAACGAUGCAGUUAUGGCACUGAAGAAUAUGUGCUCCUGAUGGAUGAGGCUGGGAAAGACUACAACAUCAGACUGGUCAUAGAUCCUUUCCAUUCUGAAUACCCUGGUCUGCGCUAUACUUAUGCUUCUCAGAGGAAAGGGGCAUGGAUACAACUUUGCCGCUUGGAUGAACUUGUGUUUGUGUCGACGAGGUUUCAGGACCUUACAGUUGAACUGUCCAGAGAAACAGGUGUCCCCUGUUAUUUCAAACUGCAGACAUUAGAGCAGCUUGAAUCUUUUGUCGGCUGCUUGAAUGGAUACUACCGUCUCAUACGCAAUUGGAAUUUUGAUUUGUGCCAAGAAUUGUCAACACCUUCUCUACUUUAUCUUCGUAGCAAUAAAUGCCAUGGACCAGUAGGUAAGCUAUUUUCAGCCAAGAAGCUCAAGGAGAAGGGCGGAGGAGAAGUUGGUAUUGCUUUGUUGAGGGAAUCCACAACAGAACAUGAGAAGUACAAAUUAGAUAUCAUUGUAGAAGCAAAUAAACCUCCUAUAACGCUUACCAUAGACAGAGAGGGUGGGAAGGUUCACCUUGAAGGUAAAAAAGAGGAAUUACAUGACAGCCUAAAAUACCUUCUGCGAGAUUUGAUCUUAAAAGACCAACUAGGUGUCAAGAUUUCGAGGAUAUUGCCACCAUCCGACUAUGAUUAUGCCGAGCUGCUCCUUGUGUGUGCCAGUAAGGACAAGCAAGUUCAGAACAACAGCCAGUCUGGGCCUAGGGUGAUCUUUCUUUUUCACUUUACCAGCUGCUACGUAUAUGAAAACGUGUAUAUUGUUUUGACGUAUUUACUAUCACGGGCUGAUGAUGCACUUUCCCGUUUCCAGAUUCCCAAGCUCCAGAGUGAGUCUGAGAAGGAGUCGUUCUUAGCUGUGGUCGACAAGUUUGCCUUCGUCAGCUGCGAGUGCAUCGUGAACAUUUUUGGGGUAACGCUGAACCCCCUGUCGCUGGUCAUGGAGUUCUUCCCGUUAGGAGACCUCAGUUCGUAUCUGCAGCAGAAUAAAAGCAUAGAAGAGGUUGAGCUAGUGGAAGCAGCAACACACUUGGCCAGAGCACUUUGGUAUCUGAACCAAGAGGGUGUUCAGCAUAACAACAUUCGCUGUCACAACAUUUUGGUGGCAGAGCACACAGAUCAAACUUUUAAGGUCAAACUUGGUGAUCCGGGAAUGGUCAGAUGCACUGAGAAAGAUAUUCACUGGAUCCCAAGAGAGCAUCACUUACAUCCGGCUAUGGCAGUCAGUGAUGUUACUACUGACAUAUGGGCUUUUAGCACAACCCUGUGGCAGAUAUUUUCUAAAGGGAAAGAGCCAUUACCAGGGGCUGACUUGGAAGAGGUCCGUAAGCUGUAUGAAAUGGGACAUUUGUUGCCACGGCCGGAUCUCUGCCCUCUGGACUUGUACAAGGUCAUGGAGAGAUGUUGGUCACGAGAUCCCCAAGCGAGACGGCAGCCACAGGCUAUCAUGCGAGAUGUGAACCAAAUUCUAUACCAAGUUUUUAAUUCAAGGAAAAAGCACUCCUACCAGACAAUCUAUCGCGCAAGUUCGUCAGUAUCAGAGAACGAAGCAGAGGAAGACAUCAGUAAUGAUGUGGAUGAUUAUAACAGUUCCAUCACAACGCAGGUCACGACGUUGACUCUCUCCGACGGCACCACCUCAGAGUUUGUCGUGAACAAGGUAUCGGAAGCUUUUGUCGACGAUCUCAUCUCAAUAGGAUCUGAUUUUUAUCCUUUGCCGAUGGCCUACAACAAUGUCUACGCUGAAUCAGAUUCUCCCGAGGCAGUAGCUCCUAGCAUCGCUGAAACCCUGACAAGUGCAGAGAAAUUAAGUACGCUAUUACUGCCUCCACUUGCUGCACAACGUAUACCAGAAUUGCCUGCCAUCCCGUCCGAGCCCCUGCAACUUGAAAAGUCCGACAUUACAUUAGACAUCAAAAUCGGAGAGGGGUACUAUGGGGUGGUGUACCGUGGUGAGAUGAAAGACCCAUGGGGACGAGUGGAGACUGUGGCCAUCAAGACCCUGAAGGCUGCGGGACAAAUUGAGGAUCACAUGAGGGAAAUCAAUAUUAUGAAGAAAUUAGACCACAAGAAUGUGGUGAAGUUGUGCGGCCUUUGUGAAGGAGACGGUGAAGAGCUAUACAUGAUUAUGGAGUAUUUGAAGGAAGGGUCUCUGAAAGCUUACAUUCUCCGAUGCACUGAUCAUAUCACAGAUAGACACCUUCUCAAGUUUGCUUUGGAUAUCGCAGAGGGGAUGGACUAUCUUGAACAAAAGAGAAUCAUUCACCGUGAUCUUGCAGCUCGCAAUGUCCUUGUUGCUGAUGAAAAUACCGUCAAGAUUACUGACUUUGGUCUAGCUCAACAGCCAAAUAAGGGAAAUUACUAUAUUCGCCAGACUGUGAGAGCUUUACCACUAGGAUGGUAUGCUCUUGAAUGCAUUGAGAAUGAGCAGUAUUCGCACAAGAGUGAUGUCUGGUCUUUUGGCGUGACCUGCUGGGAGAUGUUUACUCGUGGCGCUGAGCCUGACCUUCCAGAAAAGUCUGAUGAACUCAUACAGGCCCUGAAAUUUGGCAGACGACUGAUUUGCAAGGGCCCAUGCAGGACAAACAUCUACUCCAAAUUAAUACGCAUUUGUUGGGAUCAGGAGCCAGCUGCCCGUCCCAAUUUCUCUGACCUUAUAAUAACUAUCAAGGAACUGCAAGACGAAUACAUGUGAUUGCAAGUAAAGAGCUUUGGCUUAAUCGAGUUCAGUGAAUUAGGGAUUCUUCUUCUGUCCGUUCAAUUUACAGCUGUCAUAGCAGACUUACUUCAGGAAUACUGGUUGUUGACUAUUUAUUUUUUCUAAGUUUUUAACUCGGUAGUUUUCUGCAAUAGGGAAGAUAUAUUGUUAUAUUAUGUCAGAAAUAAUUAGCUUUGUUUGACCAAGCUGUCCAUGUCAAGAUGUUUUUAGGUGACAUUUACAUUACCUGUUCUGCAUGGCUAUUGCAGUGUCUUAUCAUUCUGAAGUAAUUUCCCCGCUAUAGUAUUAUUAUUUUGUCUGAAUACUGUAGCUUGUGUUUUGUGAUACCCUCCAAAGAAUUAAGACUUUUUAUAUUGAGUGUCUGGAAAGUAGAUACAUUGUAAAAUAUCAUUGGAACUUGCAGGUACUUGGUUUCUUUUGCAGUUUUGCAAUUAUAUCUUUCUGCAAAUUUUAAGAUUUAAAUUUGAAGUAUUUUUAGAGAAACAAUAUUACCAAUAUAAGGUGCAAUGAUUUUGUAAUUUUAAUCAAAUUUAUUAAUUUGGUGUUAUAUUUCCUCCUUAUUGUAUUUUAGAAAUGUUCUAUUUUAUUGAAGAUCAUUCUUGUGUAAAGAAUGCUGGUUAGAGGGCUUAUUUUUUCUUGUAAAGCAUGGCUUUGUGUGUAUGUGCACAUUAUCUAAACUCUAUUUUCAUAAAAGACAUUACUUAAAUAUUUCUGAUACUCCAGUAUGAUUAUUGCCAUACUGCCAAAGCAAAAUUAUUUUUUACAACAUGAUUUUUUUGGGAAAAGUGCUGAGGAUUUAGACUGUAGAGUCUUUGUAUGAUAAAGAUAAUGGUCAGAUUAUAGUAAUCAAAUAUAUAUUUAUAAAUAGCUUUAACUGCCUCUUGCUUUACACAAAGUGGGUGUAUAUGAUAUAACAUUCGGAGGCAUAUAUGGAACACAAUUGUAUGUACGUUAACGUAAUAAAGUACAUUCCUACACAUUGUAUGCAAAUGCAGUUAUUGUGAUUUUAUGUUAUUGUCACUCUCAUGAUGUACAUAUGUUCAGUAAGUUAGCAGAAGUCCUUAAAGAAGUUAUAGCUAAUGUUCUAUACAUCCUAUUAGAUCAUUUUAUGAAAUUCUCACAGCAUAUAAAGUUGCAUUUCAUCAAUUUUUAUGCACACUUUGAUUUUUUUUUCUUUACUAGUAAAUUUUAAUAUAUUUGAAGAUAGAAGUCCCAUUUUUUGAUACUGAUAUUGACCCUUAAGCUGCAUAAAUGUCUAUGCAGUAGGACCUGGAUGUAUGAAUGUCUUGCAUGACAUUCUUGUUGUGCAGUCACAUCUGAAUAGCCAGUGGACCUUGAUAUUGCUUUAAUUUUUACUAUAGGGCAGUCAGGGCACCCUAAAAGGGCAGACGAAAUGACAGCUAGCGUGCCAGCUUUUCUGUUGUAAACAUGUUUAACCCACAUCCAUCAGACAGCUGCAGUGAGGGGGGGAGGAAGUGGCAGGAGGCAUCAGUUUUAUUAUUGGUAUAAGGUAACAAGAGCAGAGUAUGAGCCAGUAACUCAUCCGUGACAAAACAGACAGCCAGAUAAUCAGGAAUAAUUAAGAUUCUGAUAGAUAAGACUGUGUGAGGGUUGACUAAAGUAAAAGGAUGAAUAAACAAAAACUUUUUCCCUUUCUUGUAUACCUUUGUAUGUUAUAUUGAACGACAGCAACAGUAACCACAACCACAAGAACAACAAACAAAAAUUAGAAGGCCAUAUAUCAACAUAGGUUACUUUUAAUUAAAAUGUGAAUAUGGAUUAAGGGUUAACAUUAAAGAUAUUUGAUUAUACCUUUGAUAGCAAUGUACAUUUUAUGUGGGGUUUGUGUCAUGGAACCUGAAUAUCUUGGAAAAAAAAGGUCUUGUAAGAAAAUUUGUAUUUGAAUAUUAUUAUAGGCAAGGCAUAUGUGUCUAAAAUUGAAUCUUUUGGUGAGAUAUUUAAAAAAUUGAAAAAGGGAUGUUGCAAUAAAUGAUACCUCUAUUUUGAUAAUGUGAUAGUGCUCUGGUCAAGUAUGAAAUGAAUAUGUAUUCAUUGUAGCCUCCUGAAAUUCAUGUUGUUACUGCUACUUUUUUCUAAGUAUUUGCUUGGUUACACACACAUACACAUACAUGCACAAGCACACUCAUACUCAUUCACUCUCUCACUCACUCAUUCAUACACUAUUUUUAUUCACCUUUCAUACCAUUACAUCUGUUCAUUUAUGACUCAUCAGUAAGAAAAAGUGUCUGUAUCUGUCCUUGUUUAUAUUAUGGACAUUAAAUAUAGAGGUUUCUGUGUAACAAUCUUAAAGAGAAAAAAGCUUGCAAUGUGCCACUAGCAUAAACGUGGGUGUAUGUCAAGUGAAGCAUAGCCUUGACCUACAGGUUAUGUCGAGUGCUACCUCCCCCACUUGGGCACCUUAGCCCACUGAGCAAUUGAGGACACAAAAUGUGAUUCUCCUUAGCUUUUAAUUAUAUUCAAAGGAGACACCAGAUUUAAAUCUUUUUGUAUGAAAUGCAAUGAUUUCACACGUUAGUUCUUUGUUUAUAUUGUCCUUUUAAAAAAAUUAUCUUGACUCUAAGGUCCAUUGACACUAUCAUUACCUUCUGUAUGGUUUUUAAGAAUGGCAAUGGAGUGCCUAAAAGGCCUACAUUAACAUCUAUUACUGAAAUGCUAAACUGCUUGCCACAACUUGUCACCAAGCUGCAAGACUUGUGAGGCUGUGCUAGCCGUGCCUUGUCACUAAGUUACAAUAUUUGUGAUUAAAAUACUUUGAAACCAUAUAGGUACAAUGAUGUGUGAAUAGGCCUUAAUACAUUUUCAUAUAUGUUGGGUAAAUCUGUUCUUAAUUACAGUAUGGCAAAAAAACAAACAUUAUAAAUGAUAAACUAUUUGCUUUGAUACUCUGUGAGCAUCACAAUAAAGAAUUAAAGUAUAAUAAAAAAA